AUGCAGUUGUUGCUGGAGAGGAGAGCCAACAAAGACGUGGUGGAUACUAUAGGCUAUCACAGCCUGCAUCGUGCGGCGGAGCUCGGGAACCUGGAGGUGUGUCGCGUGCUCCUGGCAUGGGGAUUCGAUUUGAAGGAUGCGACAGAGGGCAUGAAUGGCUUCACAGCCUUGCAUUUGGCAGUGAAGGAAGGCCAUCUGGACGUGGUUCAAGUGCUCAUGGACGGUGGCGUUGACAAAGAAGCCAUGAAGGUGGAGAUUGGAACUGCGAAGGGAGAGAAAUAUGCGCCACCGAGGGAGCCUGAGAAUGGCUUCAGAGAUGGCUUCACGGCCUUGCAUUUGGCCGUGGCGGCGGGCCACUCUCACGUGGUGCAGUGGCUUUUGGAUUCGAGCGGUGCCAAGAAAGACUGGUCCUCCUCACCUGAUGCUUCCACGUCAUUGCAUUUGGCAGUGAAACAGUGGCGUUUGGAAGUGUUUCAAACGUUGCUAGAGGCUGAAAUCAAUCCCGAUGUCGUGGCGGCAGAUGGCUUCACGGCUUUGCAUCUCGCAGUCCGUGAGGCGCAGCUGGAGAUGGUGCAGUUGCUGCUGAAGUGUGGCGCUGACAAAGAUUCUGCUGCGCCCAAUGGUUUCACAGCAUUGCAUUUCGCAGCCGAGGGCAACCAGAUAGAACUGGCUCAAGUGUUGGUGGAAGCUGGUGCAAACAAAGAGGCGGGCAAGUUGGACCUGGUGCAAGUGCUGCUGGAGCAUGGCGCGAAUCCUGGUUUGGGCGAUGCUUGGCAUUCCUGUCAGGUCAUUCCUGUCAGGAAUAGGGCCGUGCCGCACGGCGCCGCACGGCCUCAGCACGGCCUCACCACCGAGCACCGCGAACUUGUCUCCCCAAGCGAGCAAAGGGCGCGACGGACGGACGGCCCGCGGCGAAGGCACAGAUCCAGGUCCCAUCAGCAGCAGAUGAUGCAGCUUCAACACCAGCUGCAGGACGCGUUCGGUCGAGCGGCUCGAGCAGAGGAGGAAAGGAGCAUUGCUUUGAGGCUGGCCGGAUCGCAGAAGAGCGAGUUGGUUGACACAAAAGGUGUUGGACAGCCCUUCAAAUUUUCUGGUAAGAGUGAUCAGGAUUUUUCGGAAUGGGUCUACAAGUUCAAGACCUUUGCCAAGGCCAAGUUCGGUGGAGAUGUUGAAGUUGUGUUGUCAUGGGCUGGCAAGCAGCGCAAGACCAUCGUCAAGGAGGCCCACUUUGGAGAGACGAAGGUGGUGACUUGGAACGAUGUGUUCGGGAGCGCUGCAGAUGACAUCGAGAAGAUCGACGAUGUUGAUGGUAUGUUGGAAGGUCUUGGAGCCUAUUUGACAUCGUUUACAACGGGUGAUGCCAACAAAGUGGUCCGCAAUUCAGGUACCGACAGUCUUGAAGCCUGGAGGAGGUUGAUCAAUGAGUAUGACCCCACAAGCUCAAUGCGGCGUGUUACAAUUUUGAGCAUGGUUCAAAACCCCAACAAGUGCAAGUCGGUUGAGGAGUUGGGGAGUUCGCUUGAGCAUUGGUUGACCAAGAAGAAGCAAUAUGAGGAGUUCACAGACAAUGCAGGCAAUCCUUGUGUUGUGUCGGAUGAUUCAUUGAUUGCCGGGCUUUACAGGUUGAUGCCGGAGUCGCUUGAGGAGACCUUCAUGCUCAGGGCAGAUGAGUUCAGCGACUUCGAGAGCUUCUUUGACAAGUUGAGCAGCUAUGCCACCACCAGGCACUCCCUCAAUCUCAGUAGGAGGGAACUUGGAUCAAGCCGCAACAAAGGUCCCAAAGAUGAUCCUAUGGAGUUGGGAGCAUUGAUGAAGGGCGGCAAAGGAAAGGGUGGCAAGGCCGGCAACAAUGCCAACAAGAUGACCUGUCAUGCCUGCGGCAAGUUGGGGCACAAGGCAUCAGAGUGCUGGAGCAAAGGAGGAGGCAAGACAUCCAACAAAGGAGAUCCACCUAAGAGCAAGAGGAUGGACAACGUGCAGUGUUGGGUGUGCAUGAAGUAUGGCCACUAUGGAAAGGAUUGCUGGAGCAACACCGGCAAGGGCAAAGGUAAGAGUGGCCAGAAGGGUAAGUUCGAUGGAGGCUCCAAGAAAGGCAAAGGCAAAGGAGGCUCAGCAAAUUCAGUUGAAGAUGGACGCCAAUCAUCGCAGCAGCCUGAGAAGGAGCCGGAGUUGUCGCAUUUGGACCUUUCGGCCAUUGGUGAUGGAGAAGGUGAGCAUUUUCAGGUCUACUCCCCGCUUGGUCCAGAAGAGGAGCGAGAGGAGGAUGCGCUCUUUUCAGAGGUCGGAGGGGCAUCAGGAGGUCCAACGGCGCCUGGUUCAGAGGCUGUUGAGGGUGAGCGCGAGGAUGCAGAGGAGGAGACAGUUGAGGCAUCUAGUCAGAGGCCGAGGAGGAGAGUCUUCACCGGUGUCCCAUCCAUCAGGGCGAGCCAGAGCCGAGAUCGUGCAGUCGGAGUUGACUUUUCGAGGACGCCUGACUGGACACCAUCGAUUCCGCCUGGGUUGACCCGCAAUGGGGACGAUAGUCGAACGAGGAGUCGAUCCCGAGGAGGAGGACCAGCCCAGGGGUCAGCAUCGGUGCAUGAGGACGUUGACCACAACAGCAUGAACACCGAGCACGAGGAUGGAUCGCCCACCUAUCUUUGUAGUGUGGAGGGCGAAGAGUGGUUGAAGUUGAACUACGAUUCAGGAGCUGUUAGCACCGUGAUCCCCAUCGAGAUGGCCGUGGCCCAGGGCUUGCAACUUCGACGCGUUGGGGACUACAGGGUGGCGAAUGGAGAGAAGAUUCCAAGGUACGGCAGAGUGAGGGUGCCUUGCAUUGAUGAGCAGGGACAUCGACGUGGGUUCAAAGCAACAGUGACCCAUGUCCACAAGCCUGGAUCUGCAGGUGAGUUCAGCGCCACUCACGAUGCCUACAUCUUCGAUGAUGGAGGAUGGUUGAUCCCCAGGAACACGAGCAUGGCCCAAGCUAUGAGAGCCUUCCUUCGGCAGCUCAUUGAUGUCAAUGGUGAGCGUGGCAUGCUGAAGCUCUAUAAGGAGGGCAAUCUGUACAACAUCUACCUCAAGCAGCGUGGUGACUUGCAGGAGUUGGGAACCUUGGAUUCCGACUCCGCCUCGUCGGGAAACGAGCGGCAGGCCAUGAGGCCGUAA